CCAGUGUCUCCCCCCCUGCCGGUGCCUCUGACCGUCGCUGGCUUUGACGCUUCCAACGUCGACUUUAAACUGCUUUAUUUUUACCUGGACAGUGGCCGCUCGUGACGGCAAACUGUCUAUUUGAGACAAAAUCUCCACGGAACAAUCCGGCUCGAACACUGACUCCUAAAGUCAAGGUGAUCCGAGAACAAUUUUGAGGCCUUCGCUCCAUCCGCGGAUUCACCUGCUACACAGGGAGAGCCCGUCACGGCUUACCGACAUGGGGGACACGGGGAGUGAAGGCAGCAAGCCUUCGGCCAACGUCAACGUUAUACCACCGCGCUGCCCCUGUGGAUUUUGGGGGUCAAGCAAAACUAAGAAUCUCUGCUCAAAAUGUUUUGCAGACAUUCAGAAGAAACAGCCAAAUGACGACUGUGCUCCAAAGACCUCAUCAAGCACCAGCAGCAGCAGCAGUCAGACCGACAUCUUCUGUAAUGAAACGAACAGCAGCAUUAGUCAGUCCCUGAUGUCAAUGCCCAACUCUUCAGAGGACUCUUUGCCAGGAGAGACUGGAGUGACAUCUGUCUCUGUUCAGAGCGGAGUUUCCAGCACUGAUACAGUCUUGAGUUCAUUCUCCACUCCCACAAAACGUUCAUAUGAAUCAGAGUCAGACAUUGAUAGUUCACCUGAGAAGCGAGCAAGAGUGGGUCAAGUCCCAGAGCAUGAUGAGUGCUCUUCAUCAUCAUCUUUGUCAGCAUCAUCGUCACCGUCGUCUCGCGGCGGCUCUAAACAGCGGAGCCGCAAACGUUGCCAUCGCUGCCAAACUAAACUGGAGCUGGUACAGCAAGAACUGGGUUCCUGUCGCUGUGGUUAUGUCUUCUGUAUGCUCCAUCGUCUUCCUGAGCAGCACGAGUGUCUCUUCGACCACCUGGGUCACGGGCGUCAGGAGGCUGUCCUCAAGAUGGUCAAGCUCGACCGUAAGGUGGGCCGCUCAUGCCAGCGUAUCGGGGAGGAGUGCUCCUGAGCAGCUGUUUUCCACGCCCCAGGGAACCCUCUCAAAUGGUGUCUCAUUGCAAACAGGGAUAUGAUUUUUUUUCUUUAAUUUAAUUCUACAGGGUUUAUACCGGUUUUCUUUGGUGAGGAUGCAAACCUGCAUUCUUUCACUUUACAAUUCAGCUCAUUCUUUUGAUUUCUGAACAUUGUCCACUUUUUGUUUGUUUCCUCUUCCUGUCGGCUUGAUCAUAUCCCGUCUGCUAAGAUGCCUUUUGGAAAAAAAAUUCUAACAAAUCCAACAAUGACAGAACAAUCCAGAGCAAAGAAAAAUAAGAUCUCUUCACUUUCUUGGGAGUUCCUAACUAUACAAGUAUGAAUGGUGUGGAAGUGAAUAAAGAUAUGUUGAGAAAAUACAUCGCUUUAUACAGUUGUUUGUUUUGGAAACCAGACUGUACUCUUUACCUCAGAGAAGAAGGAAAAAAACGAUCAGAAGGAGAAAAUGGAGAAAGAAUUGGUCAUCUUUCUUGCACACUUUGGCUUUGGCGCUGUUUAUAAACUGUUCUAUUUACCUCAGAAUCCAGACCAGAGCUGCUUUGAACCCUGCACCAAGAAGGACUUGGUGAGGCAAGAAAGCUUGCCAGCCUCAAGUUAAAUCAUGUCUAUUCUCAACCCCCCACCACUCUGCCAUCCACCACGUUCAGUCUCAAAACAAACCCCCAAUCACUCUCCUCAGGAUACCCAAGCUCAACUUCUCCAGAUCCAUCCUCCUCUGCUUUAUGAAACUUCAUCUACUUUUUUUGUUUUGAUUGAAGGCUUUUCUGCCACUGUGGACUAUAAAAGUGACAGGAUACUGAUGCUCUGUAUUCAGGACUUGCAGCUUGUGUCGAAGUUAAACACAUUUAAAGCGGGGACCGCAAACUGCUCAUUCUUGGAUUACACAAAGACCCGUGUUUAAUGUUGGGCAGUGACUGAGGAAUUGACUAGCUUUUACUUUAACAUUUUGUGUCAAUCUGUCCCAUUAUCCCUAUGAACUUUUCAAAUUCAAGCAUUUCCUCCUCACAUCUAAGUUCUGUAUUAGCAAGUGUGUGCUGGAAGUAUGCAAAACCUUAAAGAAGAAGAAAAAUAAAAAAAAUACGAAAAAAGACAAGGGACUGUGUGUUGCUAUGGAAAGACUGAAACUGGAAAUAUUACAUAUUGAUCCACUUUUGCAAAUACACACAGCCUAACUCUUUUGUUGGAUGUGCUCAAUCCUUGUUUAAACUGAGCACAAACGUAAAAUUAGACAUUGUAUAAUUUUUUUUGUUUUAGUGUGGACUGUAUGCACGUCAGAGGGUCCUGCCACAGACGGCAACAGCUGUUCUGUUGACACAUCUGAUGUUUUAGGCCUUCACUGCUGCUCAGUUAUGUUGCCAGCAUUGAAUCAAAACUGUUUUGCUUUAUCUUCUUUCAUCAUUGCAUUAUUAUUUUAAAUAUAUAUUUUGAUUUUCAGCCAGCAUGAUAAUCAAGUCCACCCUUCUUAAUUUUACCUUUUUUAGUUCUUCAGCAUUUUUUUAAAUGAAUAUUUUACCCACUCUGCCUCCCCCUUUUGUCGUUUUGCUGUUAAUGAGGGAAUUCAGCCGUGAUGAGCAGAGUGUUUAAAAAGCAAAAUCAACACACUUGACAUGUUUUCUUGGUGGACUGUGCAAAGAAUGAAGAGGAAAUAUUCAAUGAAUGAAUCUUGUGUAUCUUAAAGAGAAGCUCGUUCAGCCUCUUUUCUGUUUCAGACUUACAUUUAGGCGUUGGGCUGUGAUUUAUUUUUUGUUGUAAUGUGGUUAUGAAAAAUGGGAAAAUGAAUGUGGAAGAUUAUAUAUUUUCUUUGCUUUACUUUGGUCUCCUUUUCAACUCAUUUUCUUUUACUGGUUUAAAGAAAAUAAAGUCAUUUAGACAAAACA